ACAGUUUUUGCCUAUUGCUUACACACUAAAUCCGAAUGCUUAGACCAAAGCCUCAAUACCUAAACUUCUUGUAGCAUAUGCUUAAACACAGUGUAACCAUAGCUUAAACACAUUGUCAACUUUGCACUUUGUUUGCAAUUCUGUAGCACACUUAUUGCGCAACACUACACACACACGUUUUCUUACAUUAGACACAUUUUUCAAAAACAAAAUCACCUAUUAUCAUUGGGAAAACACUCUGUUCAAAAUGCAAAAGUCAUCUGGCAAUUAUAGGCACUUACAUACACACCUGAAUACACUUAUACAGAAAACAGAACACCAAUCGGUCUGAGUCUUAGCACUACAAAUAGGCCUCAGGUAAGACAUUCUGAGAACUUUGCAAACAUGGAGGCAAUGCGAGUAAGAGUAAGAGGAGGACAAAGAGAGAGAGGAGUUGGACGUGGACGUGGACGUGGAAGAGGACAAAGACGAGGACCAGUGCGGAGACGUGUAUCGGAUGACAUCAGGGCUACUCUGGUGGACCAUGUCAUAAAUCAUGGCCUAUCUAUGAGGGAGGCUGGGCAAAGAGUCCACCCUAACCUCAGUCGCUACACAGUAGCGUCAAUACUAAGAACAUUCCGACUGGAGAACAGAAUGGUUGGGCUACCUCCUCGAGGUGGAAGGGGACGGCUCUUUACUCAAGAACAAGAGCUUGCCAUCAUUCAAAUGGUGCAAGCAAAUAACACAAUCCGACUUCGUGAGUUGCAACAGCGCAUAAUAGCAGAUGGAAUGGUAUUCGACAAUAUCAACAGGGUCAGCAUUACUACAAUAAGUCGCAUCCUACAGAAACAUAACUUCAGAAUGAAGCAGCUGUACAGGGUGCCAUUUGAGAGGAACUGUGUCAGGGUCAAGGAUCUGCGCCAUGAUUAUGUGCAGACAGUUCUGGAUUUUGAUGCCGCCGAACAGCCACAUGAGUUCAUCUAUGUGGAUGAGGCAGGCUUUAAUCUGGCCAAAACCAGGCGUCGAGGCCGUAACAUAGUUGGACAAAGGGCUAUUGUAAAUGUCCCUGGGCAACAUGGGGGAAAUAUCACCUUGUGUGCUGCAAUUAGUGUCCAAGGAGUCCUGCAUCAUCAUGCCACUCUAGGUCCCUACAAUACAGGACAGAUCAUUGCAUUUCUAGAUGCACUACAUGCAGUUGUGCAGGACAGACCACAGCAGCCCAGGUUUGUUGUUAUCUGGGAUAAUGUUAGUUUCCACCGGGCUGCUCUGGUCCAAGAUUGGUUCACCAACCAUAACAAUUUCACACUUUUAUACCUGCCGCCUUACAGCCCCUUUCUAAAUGCAAUCGAGGAAUUCUUUUCAGCAUGGCGGUGGAAAGUCUAUGAUCGGCAACCACACGCCCGGAUGCCUCUUCUGCAAGCAAUGGAAGAGGCAUGUGGUGACAUUGAGGUGGGAUCCAUCCAAGGGUGGAUUAGGCACACAAGACGAUAUUUUCCCCGAUGCCUAGCCCGCGAGGACAUCGCCUGUGAUGUCGACGAGGUCUUGUGGCCAGAUCCAAACAGAAGGAGGGAUCCAUAAGACCCCCCAGGCCCCCACCACACACAUACAUGCGCACACAAACACAAAACAAGUGUGUUUUUCCCCACGAUAGCAGUUUAUCCAGUAUUUGUUUUGUUUUUUACUUUUGUUUUGUGGCUAAAUGUGAUGACUUGUGGUUCUAUUUUUCUUUAUUUCUUUAAGAAUGUUUUUUUUUUGGGGGGGGUAAAAACUCUUGUUUGAUUACUGAAUAAAUUUAAACAAAUUAAUAUAUCUUUAAAUAAAUCUACUUUUGAGUUUUACUAAAGACUGAGUCUAAGAAAAUUACGAUAAAAAUAAAACCACAAAGACUGCAGUGUUAUAUAUAAAGCGGAUCAGUGUGUUGCUGGUGAUAUGAAAGAGUAAUUCAAAUGGUGCUUGUGUGUAUGGUUUUGUUACAAGAAUUUCAUUUUUAGAAAGGAGUGCUAAGUUUUGAUUGCAGUGUUUCAUUUUGGCAUGGAUGUGAGUUGUUAAUCUCCAAGUGCUAUGUCUGUGUGGCUUGUGUGUAGAGUUUUGACAUAAUGAGCCAAAUUUUGCAAAAAGUGUGUAAGCAAUAGGCAAAAAC